ACCCGAAGCUUCUUCAGCUCAAGCUGAAAGUUCGGAUUUCAUUUGAAGCAUUAAUACUGCUUAUCGGUUAAUCCAAUCAAUACUCGAUGGAUGCACCAAAGAAACUGGUCCGCUUCGACACCUACGUGAAGCGCCAUCCAUCUCUCACAGUGGAGGAAUUUCACCGGCAAUGGACUGAGGUUCACGCCCAACUGCUGAAGCAUUGGCUUGAAUGUCACGGUGUUCAUCGUUACACAAUAUUCCAUCCACUGCGAUCAGAGCAAGGACAUCAUAUUGGUCCGGCUGCCGCGCCAUCGACGCUUGAUUUCGAUGGACAUGCCGAAAUCCUCGUGGAUUCUUUGGACAUUAUAAAGGCCUUGCAAGAGGAUCCAUAUUAUAAGGCUGUAAUAGAGCCAGAUGAGAGCAAUUUGAUUGAUUUCCAGAGUGUGAGACACAUUAUUGGAUAUGAGGAAGUUUGGGUCCUGGAUGGAAAAGCAGUCUAAUGUUAAUCGGAUCACCUAUUUUUAUACUUCACGGCAUAUAGUGCUUUUCCAAGGUUCGAUUCAGAAUUUCGGAGGAGGGAAGAUCUGCAGCUAAGAUAGUAACGAGAUUCAUUCAUAUUCUGGUAUCCAUGAUAGAUGAGAUAAUCUUUCAUUUCUUUCCUCCUUUCUUCUGAGUGUAGCCCCCUUUCCCCCAUGUUUUAAACCAAACCUCUUUCUACAGCUUGCGGCCCGACCUUCCAAUCUGUCAAGGGAAUAUUACCAGCGUCUUCUUGAACGGAAUUGACUUGCAACUCUUUCCUGACAUAUAUGCCUCCAACACUGCUGUCAUCUGCAUUUCUCCAGCUCGGCUGAGAGGAAAGUGAUCGACUUGAACGCCAGCCACUCCGGUAGAGAAGAGAAUCCAUAACUGAGGCUGCUACCAGGUGAAGCUCCUGGAACAAAAUUGCAGUGACACUAAGGCAGCUGCAAAUUAUAGCUAGAAGAGGUUCCAUUGUAUUAAAUAUGAGAGCCGGUACCACGGUAUCUGCCCGGUUAGUAUAUGAUAAAACUCACCAACACCACCAGACUACUCACAGGUUG